CUUACUAGCGUCAAAACAUCGGUAAUUGAGGAUGAGUGUGGGUACAAUAAUGAGAUUGGGACUUUAAUACCACUUAUAAGGGUAAGAAAAAAGAAAAUAUUUAUCUCGAAUUUUUAAAGAUUGAAAAGUGGAAGCUCAUUUAAGUCAGGAAAUGCCGAAUAUCAAGGUUUUUAGUGGAUCAUCACACCCAGAUUUGGCUCAGAAAAUAGUUGAUCGAUUAGGGAUUGGAUUAGGCAAAGUUGUUCUGAAGAAAUUCAGUAAUCAAGAAACGAGUGUGGAGGUUGGAGAAUCGGUGAGAGGAGAAGAUGUUUACAUCAUUCAGAGUGGAUGUGGUGAGGUUAACGAUAAUCUGAUGGAACUGUUAAUCAUGAUCAAUACUUGCAAGAUAGCUUCUGCAUCUCGUGUUAAUGCUGUCAUUCCUUGCUUCCCGUAUGCCAGGCAAGAUAAGAAAGAUAAGGUGAGUAGUAUCAGUCUUAUAAA